AUGGCAGAUCAUUUAAACCCAGAAUCUGCUACUUCCAAUCAUUCCUACUACAGUACGGCGACGACCACUCAACCUCCAGCACCCGCUUCGGUUAUUAGUACUCCACCAGGAUGGAUUUACAAACGUUGUCGCAUUGGUCGAUUUGCCCUCCCUUGCUACGCGUCGCCACAAAUUCAACUUGUCUUGGUCGCACUCGUAUGCUUUCUCUGUGUUGGUAUGUACAAUGCGCUCAGCGGUCUUGGUGGAGGUGGUCAAAUCUCUGCAAAGCCAGCAGAUAAUGCCAAUUCUGCCCUUUAUUCUACAUUCUCUGUUGUCGGUUUCUUUGCCGGUACCUUCGCAAAUCGUCUCGGCAUUAGACUCACUUUAAGUUUGGGGGGUUUGGGUUAUUGUGUCUACGCUUCAAGUUAUUUGUGCUACAGCCAUACUCAAAAUACUGGUUAUGUCAUCUUCGCCGGAGCAUUACUUGGUGUCUGCGCUGGUCUACUAUGGACAGCUCAAGGUGCUAUCAUGAUGUCUUAUCCACCUGAAGAAUCUAAAGGAAAAUACAUUUCAUGGUUCUGGUCAAUCUUCAACCUUGGGGGUGUUUUUGGUGCUCUGAUUCCACUCGCCUUGAACAUCAAAGACACUGCAAAUCAUGUUGUUAGCGACGGUACAUACAUUGGCUUCAUCAUUCUCAUGUUUCUUGGGGCACUCAGCGCUCUAUGCCUAUGCGAUGCGAAUAAGGUUCGACGAGCCGAUGGAUCGCACGUCAUUCUCAUGAAGAAUCCAACUUGGAAUACAGAGAUAUGGGGUCUUUGGUACACACUUAGAAACAACGUCUAUGUCUUCCUGUUAUUUCCCAUGUUCUUUGCAUCCAAUUGGUUUUACACAUAUCAAUUUAAUGGUGUCAAUGGCGCACACUUCAAUACACGAACUCGAGCUCUGAACAACAUUUUAUAUUGGUUCGCACAGAUUCUUGGUGCUUUCUUGUCUGGUUAUGCGCUGGAUAUACAAAGAUAUAAGAGAACUACCAGAGCUAGAGCUGGUCUGAUAGUAUUGAUCCUCCUGACUGCCGCUGUUUGGGGUGCAGGUUAUGCUUUCCAGUCUAAUGUUCCUGACCGCGACGUUACUGGCAUAAUUGGUUAUGAGGGUAAGAUGGACUGGACACAUGAAGACUAUGCUGCAGGUUUGGUGUUGUAUAUUGCCUAUGGAUUUUAUGAUGCCGUCUGGCAAUUGUCCGUCUACUGGUUCAUGGGUGCACUCUCCAACUCCGGUAGAAAAACAGCAAACUUCGCGGGUUUCUACAAGGGUAUUCAAUCUGCUGGUGCUGCUAUUGCCUGGCGUAUUGAUGCUAUGGAGUAUUCAUACAUGACUCAAUUCGCCAUUACAUGGAGUCUUCUUGCUGGCUCUCUCAUCGUUGCAGCACCAGUCAUCUUCAUGAACAUUAAAGAAGUCACUUCUCUUGAUGAUGAUCUUGUUGAUACCGAUCUUAACUAUGCUGAUGUUAUGCCUCAAGCAAUUCUUCUUGACCAAGAUAAACAAUAUCUUGCCAAUGUUGGCCAUAGUACUUCAACAGACACCCGUCACCAAUACACUUCUACCUCGGAUGACAUGGAACUUCCAAGUUUCCGGCGCGAGAAGAAUUCGGAAGACAUCGCUUAA